AUGAAACGCGAACACACUGAUGACGAUCGCUAUGGCAGCUCACGUAACUCUAAAAGACAAAGAGCCGACGGUUUUUCUGAGGCGUUGGCUCAGGGGAAGUUCGAGCUUCGCAUUCUUGUAAGCAGUAAAUGUGCCGGAGCAAUCAUUGGCAAGGGUGGUGAAAACAUCAAACGUCUACGUAACCAGUUAGGUUCAAAUGCGAAAGCAUCGGAGUAA